AUGGACGCCGCGGAGGGGUCGUUCACCGCGCGCACGGACGGCGCGAGCUCAUGCCUCAGGACGCGGAAGACGCACCCGCCGAGCGGCGCGGUGUGGGCGUACAACGUCGGCGUGAGCGACGGGAAGAAGAGCGUCGGGGAGUUUUUCUUCUACCCGCGCGCCGCGGGGUGGAGGCGCGUCCUAUCUCGCACCGGUCCCCACACGACCGCGUCGGCGUGGUGA